AUGUCUUUACUUUCUUCUAGGACAACCUGGUCUGCCGUCGCAGUGCUGGCUUUGCUUCCAGUCGCCUCCGUUUUCGCGCGCCCGAUCCAAGAGUCGGCCGCGGCGAUCCAUGUCCAGCCCGCAACGAGGAUUCAGCCUCGCGAUCCUAGACUUAUUCCCGAUACUGAGCACUAUCUUGCCGAGAUCUUCGACCUGCUAGGUGUACAAGACCCGAAUAGCUCUUCUGAGACUCCUACUCCUACUCCUACUCUGGCCUCCUCUAUCCACAUUACAGUCGAGCAAGACAAGCCUAUCAACACCACAGCAACGGGAACAUCAACUAGCAGCACAAUCUUGACUAUGUCUACCCAGCCUGCCAUGUAUACCACGAACAUCCGCAAUGGAGAUUCUAGGCCCAUGGAGAACAUCCAGAUCGGAUCUGGAUGGACUAAAGACGGUAAACUGCAAGCCUCCGACCUGCCUGUUAUCUUUGGUGCGGUUGCAAAAGAACUUGAUCACCGAUUCCGCAACAUGAUCGAUAGCUCCGAUGAACGUGGACUCGGAGACGACGCCGACGCGAACAAACGCAUUUUGGAAAGCGACCCGAACUCUGAUUUUUUCGCUGCUAAACUUGGGUUGUUGGGAUGA